CUGAGUCGCAGCGAAGAUGCGUGCAAAAAAAAAAAAAAAAGAAAACCCAAUGACGACAUUUACUUAUUUCCUUCUCGUCUCUUGUAGCAUAUUUGCGAUCAAUCAAGUGUAAGCGUGUUCAUGGUCGGGCGUUUAGACGGACUGUUUUCUGUGGACACGGGCAGGAGACACGGGCAAGUAGAUUGAUAGAAGGGAUUAAUAAAGGAUACAACUUGGCCAUAUAGAGGCUACAACAUCUCACUAAAUGCUGGUCACUGACUAGAUACUCAUUCAUGAGCGGCAAGGGGUGACGCGGCGACAGCUGAAGCAGCCAUGCACGAAGGAGGGUUUGGGCGGGCCUGGGCAUGGUGGUGGUGUUUCUGACUCAACUGGCUACAGUGGUAAGCGGGGAGACGAGCACCUACCGCGUCACCCAGAGCAGUCAAUCAAGGCAUCGCUCAAGUUAUCAAUUCUGUCCCGUCUACUUGCUAGGGGACUUGGUGCACAAGGAUUGCUACGUAGCCAGAACAUGGUACUGGUGCAGUACCUGCAAGGCAAGGAAGGCCGAGAGGCAUCUAAUGCUUCCAGACGACUUGACGCUGGGGAGAACUGCGUACACACGCACGCACACAUAGGCGCCAGCAGUAGGAUUCAAAGAAG